GCGCGCGCGCGCGCUGCGGUGGCGGCGGCGGGACGGCGUGCGAUGGUUGUCGGUAGGCGGGCGGCCGGAGGCUUUUAUACAUGCAAGUUCCGGGGACAAGCAGCCGAUCCGCGGCAGUCGCUCGUUACCCAUCGACGGUGUCGUGCGCAUAAUACACCGUGUGUGCGUGCGUGUGUGUGUGCGUGUGUGUGGCGUGUGUGUGAUGUGUGUGUGUGCUUGUGCGAGUUGUGACCAUCCGCCCGCUCGAUGCCGGACACUACGAUAAUAAUAUCGGCACGAUAUCAUUUAUUAUAAGGAGAAAAAAUUUUAAAAAAAAAAUUACACACACACAAACUAACUUUGAAACACGCGUAUAAUACCAUAUUAUAUAGUAUUAUCCGUUACGUACGCAAUUUCUAUAUAUAUCAAGGACGUGCACGCGCAAAUUUAGUAAUUUAAAAGUUCGUCGUAGUGCUUACUGCGUGAGAACAUAACAAUAAUAUAUUAUACGACGUCACCUGCAGCGAAAGUUUUUGUUUCGUCGCGAGUCACCGUAAUCGAAUCAGGUCUGCACUGCAACGAUCGGUCACUAUACAGCGGACAGCGCUCAUUGACACGCACGGCACGCGUCCAGUCGCGUGGCCGGCCACGGCCCGCUGACCAAGUCGCGGUAGGGGCAACACCCGCACCACCAACAACACCGGAACCACCGACUGGCCAUGGCCGCGAGGUAACAGCGCGCGUGCCGGCCGGAUACCACUCGUGUGGUACGCGGCGACGACGAGACGUUGGCCACAUCGUGGUAUUUGAUGUUUCCGGAUCGGACGACCCCGGCGAGGUACAAUGCUUCCGGAAAGGCAAUGCUGCGCGCAGCUAUGCCCGGUGCAGGCGACGACGAUGCCGCCGAAGACCGAGUGCCUGCAGGACCGCAAGUGGUGGUGCUUCCUGCUGUCCAGCGUGUUCACGUUUCUCGCCGGACUGCUGAUUGUGCUGCUAUGGCGGUUCUUCGCGUUCCUGUUCACGCGCAAGCAGCCCGCCGAGCUCGCGGCGCCCGGUUGCCCGAACAGCGAGCCCAAGAAGGAACCGAAGCGACAGGGCAAACAGGAGUUCGAGGGAACGUUCAUGACAGAGGCCAAAGACUGGGCGGGCGAACUGAUAUCCGGACAGACCACUACCGGGCGGAUAUUGGUGGUGCUUGUGUUCAUUUUAAGUAUAGCAUCUCUAAUUAUAUAUUUUAUCGACGCCUCCAACGAGGAGGUUGAACGAUGCCAAAAGUGGAGUCACAAUGUUACUCAACAAGUAGAUUUAGCGUUCAAUAUUUUUUUUAUGGUUUACUAUUUUAUAAGAUUUAUAGCCGCCAGUGAUAAGUUAUGGUUUAUGUUAGAAAUGUACUCGUUUGUAGACUACUUCACGAUUCCACCGUCGUUUCUCUCGAUUUACUUGGGUCGAACUUGGAUCGGUCUAAGGUUCCUCCGAGCUCUGCGCCUAAUGACAGUGCCUGAUAUUUUGCAAUAUUUAAACAUUCUAAAAACGUCGAGUUCAAUUCGACUUGCUCAACUCGUGUCUAUUUUUAUAUCCGUGUGGUUGACCGCCGCCGGAAUCAUCCAUCUCCUGGAAAACUCGGGAGAUCCAUUUGAGUUCCAAAACCAGCAACGGUUAUCAUACUGGACUUGUGUGUACUUUUUGAUUGUCACCAUGUCUACGGUCGGAUACGGAGAUGUGUUUUGYCAGACUAUUUUGGGCAGAACUUUUCUAGUAUUUUUUCUACUCGUCGGCCUCGCUGUGAUGGCAAGCUGGAUACCCGAAAUCACCGAGCUCGCUGGCAACAGGAAGCGAUAUGGUGGGGAGUACAAGCGAGAAAGGCGAAGGCACAUCGUCGUUUGCGGACACAUUACCUACGAGUCAGUGUCGCAUUUUCUGAAAGAUUUUUUACAUGAAGACAGAGAAGACGUAGACGUUGAAGUGGUAUUCUUACACAGGAAGCCACCUGACCUGGAACUGGAAGGACUUUUCAAGCGACAUUUUACCACUGUCGAGUUCUUCCAAGGUUCUAUAAUGAACCCUAUUGAUUUGCAAAGGGUAAAGGUCCAUGAGGCUGAUGCCUGUUUGGUGUUGGCGAACAAGUACUGCCAGGACCCAGACGCCGAAGACGCUGCGAACAUAAUGAGGGUCAUUUCUAUCAAAAAUUACUCGGACGACAUAAGGGUCAUUAUACAACUCAUGCAGUAUCACAACAAAGCGUAUUUACUCAACAUUCCGUCGUGGGACUGGAAACAAGGAGACGACGUGAUCUGCUUAGCCGAGUUAAAACUCGGUUUCAUUGCGCAGAGUUGUCUAGCACCAGGCUUUUCUACAAUGAUGGCGAAUUUGUUUGCCAUGAGGUCGUUCAAAACGAGUAGAGAUGUGAUAGAGCGUUUGAUACCGUGUAUAGUUCCUGUGAAGAGUGUGGAGUUUGGUGUAUUUCAGUCUCCGGAUACGCAAGCGUGGCAGAACGACUAUCUGCAGGGCACCGGCUGCGAGAUGUAUACGGAGACCCUGUCCCCGUCAUUCACCGGCAUGACGUUUCCGCAGGCUAGCGAGUUGUGCUUCACUAAGCUGAAACUUCUGCUGUUGGCCAUAGAAAUAAAAGGCGAGGAUGGACGGGACAGCAAGAUAUCAAUAAACCCCAGAGGUUCCAAGAUACAGGCGAGCACCCAGGGGUUCUUCAUCGCUCAGUCGGCCGACGAAGUCAAAAGGGCUUGGUAUUACUGUAAGGCAUGUCACGAAGAAAUUAGAGACGAAACGCUGAUCAAGAAGUGCAAGUGCAAAAACUAUGUCGGUAUGAUUAUGAUGGAGACUGGAAUGUUGGCACAUAAUUAUAAUUUCGAGGACGAUCAUCCUCCCCCCACGGAAACUCCACCUACUCUUCCAAAAAGAGUACAUAAUAUCAGAGGUGACGUCGGGAAGGAAAAGGAAAUAACACUGUUGGGCAACAAAAAUACAUCAACGACUAUGCCCAAUUCGAUAAUGUCGGCGGCGAAACAGGUGAACAAAGUGAAACCAAUCAACCGUCCGGCGGACAAAGGGUCGCCCAACCAAAACUACAAUCGAGCUCAACAAGAAGAAGGAAGCUACGCCGGAUAUCAACUCGCAUACGAAGUUAAAAAAUUAUUACCGACGACCAGAGGAGGAUCGGCAGGCACAAAUAUAAACAGCAACGGUAUUCAAAUAGGUAUCGCCGACGACCAGGCGAAAGACUUUGAUUUCGAAAAGACUGAAAUGAAGUACGACUCCACUGGUAUGUUCCAUUGGAGUUCAGCAAAAAGCCUCGAAGAGUGCAUCUUGGACAGGAACCAAGCCGCAAUGACCGUAUUGAACGGCCACGUUGUAGUGUGCUUGUUCGCGGAUCCAGACUCGCCUUUGAUCGGACUAAGGAAUUUAGUUAUGCCUUUGCGGGCGUCAAAUUUCCAUUAUCAUGAGCUCAAGCACGUGGUGAUCGUCGGYGCUGUGGACUACAUCCGYCGCGAGUGGAAGAUGUUACAAAAUUUACCGAAGAUUUCGGUGCUCAACGGAUCGCCACUGAGUCGAGCUGACUUGCGAGCGGUAAACGUAAAUCUAUGCGAUAUGUGUGUGAUAUUGUCGGCAAAAGUUCCUAGCAAUGAUGACCCUACGUUGGCUGAUAAAGAGGCCAUUUUAGCAUCGCUGAACAUCAAAGCGAUGACUUUUGACGACACUAUUGGAGUGCUCACGCAAGAUGAGACCGCGGUGACCAAACAGUUCGAUCCGGACGGUCUGAAUUGUGCUGGCGGACCCAUAGUGUUGCAGAGACGAGGAUCAGUGUACGGUGCCAACGUUCCAAUGAUUACCGAACUGGUCAAUGACAGCAAUGUGCAGUUUCUCGACCAAGACGACGACGAUGACCCUGAUACGGAACUAUACCUCACCCAGCCGUUUGCGUGUGGUACGGCCUUUGCCGUCAGCGUCUUGGACUCGCUCAUGUCGACGACGUAUUUCAAUCAAAACGCGUUGACGCUCAUCCGAUCACUUAUCACCGKUGGAGCAACGCCUGAACUUGAACUCAUUUUGGCUGAAGGUGCGGGACUCCGUGGUGGUUACAGCACCGACGAGAGCUUGGCCAAUCGUGAUCGGUGUCGGGUCGGGCAGAUUUCGUUGUACGAUGGGCCUUUGGCGCAAUUCGGUGAGGCCGGCAAGUACGGUGAUUUGUUCGUAUCCGCCCUCAAGUCGUAUGGGAUGCUGUGCAUUGGUCUAUACAGGUACCGGUAUGAACAACUAACUAUACAUGUUUUGUAGUUUGCUAUUAACUUUAAGUGCCAUAACCACAAAAAGAAUUAACAGGGGUCCCGAAUCAGUCCUCGACACACAAUCGUCAUGAUUGUGAUCCACCAUCGUGAUGUYAUAUUAUUAUGUCGUACAAAUACGAAUUCAUUUUUAUAUUGUAUUAUUGYAACCGUUCGGGGUGGUCUGUGGGAGCAGUAGUAGGUACUCAGUUUCUAUCGAAAGUUGUUAUCAUAGCGUGUGCUGGAAAAACGUUUAAGUAAGUCGAUAUACCGUGUAGAAAAGAUUAAAAAUUAAACUAAGAUUUAUUGAAGAGUUAUUUUAUAGAUAUGGAUAUUAAUUUAACGUUCACAUUAUAUAUUAUUAUUUAUUUGACCAUAUUUUUCAUUAAAAUUAAUUUUUUUGGCACAAUUGGAGGUGUGAAUAUUUUAGAGACAUAUUUUCGGUUACAAUGAAAUCGAGAUAUUAUUCUUACCAAUUUUAUACUUAAGAUGGUUUUCCAGUACAACAAUGAUAAAUACGAUGUACUAUGAUUUAUUUAUUUUUAUUAAGACUUGUAAAGUAUGAUACAUAUACACUAAAUGUUACGAACAAUAAUAAAAAAUAUUUAAAAAAAACAUUUACUUUAAAUUUAAAACCUGACAUAUUUUUUCACUUUAAGUAUGAUAUCACGAUGGUUAUUUCGUUUCCUCGAUAAGAAGACGAAUUUUAUUACAUAUGUCUUAUUAUUACAUGCACACAAACUACACAUGACAUAACGACUGGUAAAAAUUAUUGUUGCGAUGCUACUACAUCGCCUUAUGACGAUAUCGAGGCCACGUCUGCAGUAAUCUGUAGCAACGAGAUAGCAGAUUGUUUGAAAGGGAUCUAAUUUGAUCCUGAGUUAUGAUAAACCUAUAAAAAAUGAUAGACUUAAUUUUGUUUUAGCUUUUAGUUAUUGAAUGUACAAGGUGUUACGGAAAAAUAAUGAAGUCACGAUUUAUGUGAUAUAUUUAUGAGAUAUUAUGUGUAUUCGAACAAGAAGCAUGUGUUUACUGCUUCUGCCCGAAUCACCUAUGACAGCAAAUCAUAAUUACUCCUACUACUGUUAUAAUCUAUGAGUGGGUAACCAAUAACGACCAUAAUUUAUAAACAAAAAAUCCAUCAUAAAUACUAAAAUACUUUCUUAAAUUUGCAGUAAAAAUAAAUAAGGCCCACUUAUCGAUAAAUAACAACAAUCCUAUCGCUCAAGUUUAACUAUGCAUAAGAAAUUUACAAUAUAUCAUUAAAAUCGAUUAAGUUGUUUCGGAGUUUAUCAUGGACAAAAUAGUGUGRCGAGAUUUUAUAUAUUAAGAACAUCAUAUUAUAUAAAWUAUACUGAUUGGUGAASUUAAAUAAAAGAUGCUUACUUCAACAUUGAGUUAAUAAUAACUGGUCGUGAAUUAUUUUUACUAUCUAAUAUGAUUAAGAUCAUAAUAAUAUUGUCUGUAGUUUAUUAAUGACUGGGUAGCUUGAAAUUUAAUAGUCCAGUA